GCACAACUCAACAGUAUGCAGAGUUUCCUGAAGCUGCUGCGGGAGAGUGGAGGCACCAACCCACCCUUGGAGGAGCUGGUGACCCUCGCUGGGAGGCUGUGCCGGGACCUCCAGGAUGACCUCACCCAGGUGCAGCCCUUGGUCACAGCUGUGCUGGAGAGCCAGCUGCGCCUGUACCUCCUGGACAACGAGGACGUGGCCCUGGUGUGUGCCCGUGUGCUGGCCCAGCAGGAGCAGCACCAGGCCGCCUGCCGACUCUUGGAGGGAUGCCGGGUACCAGGAGGCAGUCUGGAGCUGGUGCAGCUCUGGAAUGACAUUCACUACCAUGUGGUCAUGAAGAGGCUGGGCGUGGCCACACUGACUCCUGUGCAAAAGUUCCGCUGCAGGAAGAGGAACCCGCCGCCCCCCUCCCUGUGCCCAGACGGCCUGAAGAGCCGGAACUUCCCCAGAGACAUUCGCCAGAAGUUGCAGGACUUCGCAGCGGGUGUGAGCAGCAACCCCAGCAAGGCUCAGCGGGAGAUCCUGGCCGCCGAGACCAGCCUGACGGCAGAGCAGGUCUACAACUGGUUCGCCAAUUACCGUCGGCGCCAGAGGGCCGGUCUCCGGCGCAUGGAGCUGGCGGACUCUGCCGAGGGCCCGCCGCAGCCCUCAGGCCCCCACCACCCUGGCUUCGGCUGUGUGCGCCCGCCUCAGUGGUCAGGAGGUGAGGACAGUGGGCCUGCAAGUUCCCUUGUGACCACCCAAGGGCUGUGGGAGCCUCUCGCCCUGGCCUCGGACUUUUCCGGAGAGGAGACAAUCCCCAAAUCACUGGCUCCCAGGUCUGCGCAGGGUGGUGGGAUGUAUCCAGAGGGGCCUGGCCACGGUCCUGCCACUCUCCCUCCCAUGUGCCCUGACCCUGGUCUUGUCGCACUGGCUGCCCACAGCAACAUGCUGGACCCCUCUUCAGCUGCCCCCAAGUCAUGGCUGACGUCCCUUACACUGGCGUCCUCCAGGGAUGUUUCCUUUCGGACUGGACAGCUGGUUCACAGUCACGAGGUGGACUUCACGAUGCCUCCUGCAGACACCUCCAUGGCCGUGUCUGUCGCCACGCUCGCUGAGCCCAGCCCCACAGGUGACAGUGACCCCCGGAGCACAUACCUCGAGGAGGGUCUGGGCACCAGCCUGAGCCAGGGAGAAGGACAGGCGGGCAGCUUCCUGGUGCCACAGCCCCCACUGCAGGCUCCGGAAUUCAUCCUCCCGCAGAGCCUCCCAGAGCUGGCACCUGCCCCCUCCGCCUUUCCCAGCCCUGCGCCUGCCGUGCAGCUGAGCGAGCCCCUGCCGUCUUGCCAGGUGCCGUGGCCCGACAGCCAGGCCUCCAGCGACGCCUUCUGGGGGGCAAGGAUGCUCCUUGAGCUUUCUGGGGGCAGCCUGGGCUGA